UGAGCUCCGGGUUCCGCGGGCCCGGCGGGCUCACCCUUUAUGUAAAUAGCGGCGGCUCCGCCCCCUGCUCGCCGAGCCGGAGGUGAGCAGGAAGGAGACGGCCGCCCAGCAGCCCGUGGGCCCGCGGCAGAGCGAGCCGAGCCGGCGGCGGGCGCCGAGGGACGCGGAGGCCUCGGGCGGGGGCCGGCCCGGGGUUCCAGAGAAACUGUGCAAAGUUUGCUCUUGGUUUGCCCGGGCUGGACGGUUCGCGGACGCACCGAGCUUUGGCUGUGGGGAGAACUGACCGUAACCAGGAGAGCUGUGGUGUGGCCCCCUGAGGCUCUCACCUGAGACAGGGGGCUGCGCACAGCACGAUGAGGAGGUUCCUGAGGCCGGGACAUGACCCUGCGAGGGAGAGGCUCAAGCGGGACCUCUUCCAGUUUAACAAGCUGUGAAGAGGCCGAGGGGAUGUGUCUACAGGCCUGUGCCCGCCUGGUUCUCGUUGCAGACGGUGGAGCAUGGCUUCCCGCACCAGCCCAGCGCCCUCGGCUACAGCCCCUCUCUGCGCAUCCUGGCCAUCGGCACCCGCUCGGGAGCCAUCAAGCUGUAUCCUUUCCGGUACCCAGGCUCUCGCUCAGGGAUGCCCUGGAAGAGCCAGGGGCCUUGGCGUUGUGCCAGCUGGUCACCCUGCUGGACGACAACAGCCUGCACCUGUGGAGCCUGAAGGUCAAAGGCGGGCUGUCAGAGCUGCAGGAAGAUAGCAGUUUCACACUGCGUGGCCCCCCAGGGGCUGCCCCCAGUGCCACGCAGAUCACUGUGGUCCUCCCGCAUUCCUGCUGCAAGCUGCUCUACCUGGGCACCGAGAGUGGCAACGUGUUCGUGGUGCAGCUGCCAGCCUUCCGAGCGCUGGAGGACCAGACCAUCAGCUCAGAUGCCGUGCUGCAGCGGUUGCCAGAGGAGGCUCGCCACCGGCGGGUGUUUGAGAUGGUGGAGGCUCUGCAGGAACAUCCUCGCGACCCCAACCAGAUCCUCAUCGGCUACAGCCGGGGCCUCAUCGUCAUCUGGGACCUGCAGGGCAGCCGCGUGCUCUGUCAUUUCCUCAGCAGCCAGCAACUGGAGAACGUCUGCUGGCAGCGGGACGCCCAUCUCAUUGUCAGCUGCCAUUCUGACGGCAGCUACUGCCAGUGGCCCGUGUCCAGCAACACCCCGCAGCCGGAGCCCCUGAGCAGCUGCGUGCCUUACGGUCCUUUUCCUUGCAAAGCUAUUACCAAAAUCUUCUGGCUGACCACGAGGCAGGGGUUGCCCUUCACCAUCUUCCAGGGCGGCAUGCCACGGGCCAGCUAUGGGGACCGCCACUGCAUCUCGGUGGUCCACAACAGCCAGCAGACAGCCUUCGACUUCACCUCCCGCGUCAUUGACUUCACUGUCCUCAUCGAGGCGGACCCUGCGGCUGCCUUCGAUGACCCCUAUGCCCUGGUAGUGCUGGCCGAGGAGGAGCUGGUGGUGAUUGACCUGCAGGCGGCUGGUUGGCCGCCGGUCCAGCCUCCCUACCUGGCCUCCCUGCACUGCUCCGCCAUCACCUGCUCCCACCACGUCUCCAACAUCCCCCUGAAGCUGUGGGAACGCAUCAUCGCUGCCGGCAGCCGGCAGCACACACACUUCUCCACCAUGGAGUGGCCCAUUGACGGUGGCACCAGCCUGGCCCCGGCCCCACCCCAGAGGGACCUGCUGCUCACGGGGCACGAGGAUGGCACCGUGCGGUUCUGGGACGCCUCAGGGGUCUGCUUGCGGCUGCUCUACAAACUCAGCACAGUACGGGUGUUCCUCACCGACACAGACCCCAACGAGAGCCUCAAUGCCCAGGGCGAGGACGAGUGGCCCCCUCUCCGUAAGGUGGGCUCUUUCGACCCCUACAGUGACGAUCCUCGGCUGGGCAUCCAGAAGAUUUUUCUCUGCAAAUACAGCGGCUACCUGGCUGUGGCCGGCACAGCAGGGCAGGUGCUGGUGCUGGAGCUGAAUGACGAGGAGGCAGAGCACGCCGUAGAGCAGGUGGAGGCCGACCUGCUGCAGGACCAGGAGGGCUAUCGCUGGAAGGGGCACGAGCGCCUGUGUGCCCGCCCGGGGCCCGUGCACUUCGAGCCCGGCUUCCAGCCCUUCGUGCUGGUGCAGUGCCAGCCCCCGGCUGUGGUCACCUCCUUGGCCCUGCACUCCGAGUGGCGGCUUGUGGCCUUUGGAACCAGCCAUGGCUUCGGCCUCUUUGACCACCAGCAGCGGCGGCAGAUCUUUGUCAAGUGCACGCUGCACCCCAGUGACCAGCUAGCCUUGGAGGGCCCGCUGUCCCGCGUGAAGUCCCUAAAGAAGUCCCUGCGCCAGUCCUUCCGCCGGAUACGUCGCAGCCGGGUGUCCAGCAGGAAGCGGCAGCCCGCUGUCCCCCCAGGAGAGGGGCCGGAGGGGAGCAGCAGGGCAGAGCGGACCGGCCUGCAGAACAUAGAGCUGGCACCCGUGCAGCGCAAGAUCGAGGCCCGCUCGGCAGAGGACUCCUUCACGGGCUUCGUCCGGACCCUCUACUUCGCUGACACCUACCUGAGGGACAGCUCCCGCCACUGCCCCUCACUGUGGGCUGGCACCAAUGGUGGUACCGUCUACGCCUUUGCCCUGCGUGUGCCCCCCGCCGAGCGGAGAAUGGAUGAGCCGGUGCGGGCGGAGCAGGCCAAGGAGAUCCAGCUGAUGCACCGAGCGCCCGUGGUGGGCAUCCUGGUGCUGGACGGACACAGCGUGCCCCUUCCUGAGCCCCUGGAAGUGGCCCAUGACCUGUCAAAGAGCCCAGACAUGCAGGGAGGCCACCAGCUGCUCGUCGUGUCGGAGGAGCAGUUCAAGGUGUUCACGCUGCCCAAGGUCAGCGCCCGGCUGAAGCUGAAGCUGACGGCCCUGGAGGGCUCACGGGUGCGGCGGGUCAGCGCGGCCCGCUUCGGCAGCUGUCGAGCCGAGGACUACGGGGAGCAUCACCUGGCCGUCCUUACCAACCUGGGCGACGUCCAGGUAGUCUCGCUGCCCCUGCUCAAGCCCCAGGUGCGGUACAGCUGCAUCCGCCGGGAGGACGUCAGCGGCAUCGCCUCCUGCGUCUUCACCAAAUACGGCCAAGGUUUCUACCUGAUCUCACCCUCCGAGUUUGAGCGCUUCUCUCUCUCCACCAAGUGGCUGGUGGAGCCCCGGUGUCUGGUGGAUUCAGCAGAAACGAAGAACCACAGCCGCCCCCGCAACGGAUCAGGUCCUGAGAAGGCCUUGGGACAGGCCAGGAACUCAGGGAGUCCGAGGGAUGGAGAGGAGAGGAGGUCGGGCCCCGUGAUGGAGCACGCUCUGCUCAAUGACGAGAGGGUCCUGAAGGAGAUCCAGAGCACGCUGGAGGGAGACCGAGGUGAUGGCCCUGUCUUCACCUGUGUAGGAGCUGUGGCGACUGGUGUUCUCAGCGAGUGGCGGCGGGGUACAGCCUCAGCAAUGGGGGAGCGGAGUGAGCGGGCCGCACAUGCAGGCUGCAUGAUGAACACACACUACUGAGGGCUCCUCCUCGGGGCACCACCCCCCCCAGAGAAGCCCGUGCCCUGGGCCGUGCAGGGGCUGGGGGCACCCCCAGUGUCCACCCUGCUGCUGCUCCUGGCCUUGGGAGAGGAGGGACCCCAGGCCCCUGGGGCUGUCCCUCCCCGGGGCCUUGACUCUCUCAAUCCUUUUGUCAAUGUUGCACAGUUUUUAACCCCGUUUCCCCCCUUUUUGUAGUGAGCUGGGUUUUAAAUUAUAAAUGUUAACUGCCUCCGGGUGAAAAAGUUUUUAAUAAACACCUUAUUACCUCUUC